AUGGUCACCCAGGGAAGGCCUGGCCAGGGGUCCCUGGGCAGAGGAUCCAGCGGCCCGCAGGACAAGCAGAAGCGCUUCUGGGUCACCACCUCCUUCUCAUCCGCGACAACCAGGCAGCUGUGGGCCCGCGUUGGGGACGACCACCUGCUGCUUCUCCAGGGUGAGCAGCUCCGCAGAACCACUCGCUUCAUCAUGCACCCCAAGUACCACCACGGCUCGGGCCCCAUCCUGCCGAGACGCACGGAUGACCACGACCUCAUGCUGCUGAAGCUGGCCAGGCCGGCCGUGCUCGGGUCACGCAUCCAGACCCUGCGCCUGCCCUACCGCUGCGCCCAGCCUGGAGACCAGUGCCAGGUGGCUGGCUGGGGCACCACGGCCCACCGAAGAGUGAAAUACAACAAGGGUCUGAGCUGCUCCAGGGUCAGCAUCCUGAGACCCAGGGAGUGUGAGGCCUUCUACCCCGGCGUCCUCACCAACAACAUGCUGUGCGCGGGACUGGACCAGGGCCAGGACCCCUGCCAGAGUGACUCCGGCGGCCCCCUGGUCUGCGAUGAGACCCUGCAGGGCGUCCUGUCCUGGGGCGUUUACCCCUGCGGCUCCGCUCAGCACCCGGCCGUCUACACGCAGAUCUGCAAAUACACUUCCUGGAUCGAGAAGACCAUCCGCUCCAACUGACCCCACGACUCCUUCCCCGUCUCACAUCCUUCCUUGUACAGUCGCCGGACUUUCCCUCCCUCGCCCUGUCCAGAGCUCCGCCACCCGUCCUUACCAG